CACAGCAAAGAAAGUAUUAUUGUUGUUGUCUCCAAAUUUUUGCCGGUCCACAUGGUAAACAAAGAGCACAAAGUGCAAGAAUAUUUGUAAUUUUACGUGAAACGAGGAGCAAUUCGAACCAGACGUGCGGCACAGGCAGAGGAUUUUGAUCCUUCGCACGUGUUUUUUGCUAAAACACCAUGGCUAAGCACCACCCUGAUUUGAUUUUCUGCCGCAAACAACCCGGCGUAGCUAUCGGACGACUUUGUGAAAAAUGCGACGGCAAAUGCGUCAUCUGCGACUCUUAUGUGCGCCCCUGCACAUUGGUGAGAAUUUGCGAUGAGUGCAACUACGGAUCCUAUCAAGGGCGUUGCGUUAUUUGCGGAGGACCAGGUGUUUCAGACGCUUAUUACUGCAAAGAGUGCACAAUCCAGGAGAAAGAUAGAGAUGGUUGUCCGAAAAUUGUGAACUUGGGAAGUUCAAAGACAGAUCUCUUCUACGAGCGGAAGAAGUAUGGAUUCAAGCGGAGAUAGACUUUCAACUGUGCACUAAUUUUAAGAGACAUUUUGAUUUUUGUAAGUACACUCCCGAUUGAUAACUUAUAGUUUAAAGCAAAAUUUAUGAUGGAUCAAUAAAUUAAGCUCUAUCUAAGUGUAAAA